AAAAUUAUUUACGUAGUUUCUCAGAGCCUCUUUGGCUGAUUAGCGGAGAAUCCAGAAUCUGUAUUCAAUUUUGGUUUUGUAGAUUCUUUUAAAAUGCAGAUUUUCGUGAAGACCUUAACGGGGAAGACCAUUACGUUAGAGGUCGAACCCUCAGAUACAAUUGAAAAUGUGAAAGCGAAGAUCCAGGAUAAAGAAGGAAUUCCUCCGGAUCAGCAGCGACUGAUUUUUGCUGGUAAACAGCUGGAAGAUGGGCGAACAUUGUCGGAUUAUAACAUCCAAAAAGAAUCAACCCUCCAUUUGGUUCUCCGUCUUCGUGGAGGAAUUAUCGAACCAAGUCUGAGAAUGUUGGCACAAAAGUACAACUGCGACAAAAUGGUUUGCCGAAAGUGUUAUGCGCGUCUCCAUCCUCGCGCAACCAACUGCAGGAAAAAGAAGUGUGGUCACACCAACAAUAUCCGCCCAAAGAAGAAGCUGAAGUAGACUUUUGGUUUUGCAUCGGGACCGCUAAUGUUGUAUCCUGCUACGGGCAAAAUUGUAACAUCUGAUUAACAGAACACAAAAAUAAAUGGUGAACACGUUC